CCUCCCCCCCUCCCCACAAUCCUCAACACCCACGACCUCGAAACCCUCGCCUCCCAACACCUCCCCCCCAAGACAUGGGCCUUCUACUCCUCUGCAGCAACAGACAUGAUCACCCGCGACAGCAACAAAUCCAUGUACGACCGCAUCCUCCUCCGUCCGCGCGUCCUCCGCAACGUGACAUCCGUGAACACGAAGACCACCAUCCUGGGAUGCGAGACCGGACUCCCCCUGUUUAUUAGUCCCGCCGCGAUGGCCAAAUUAGUUCAUGAGGAUGGCGAGUUGGCGAUGGCGAGGGGGUGUGUGGGGGGGCGGUUGGGGCAGUGCAUCUCAACAAACGCCUCCUAUUCCAUGUCCGACAUCACGAAAUGCGCCCCCCCAACCCACCCAUUCUUCUUCCAGCUAUACGUCAACACAGACCGGGCCGCAUCGAGACAGCUGCUCCGACAGGCAGAAGAAUCCGGGAUAAAAGCUAUUUUCGUGACGGUUGACGCGCCCGUCGCGGGGAAGCGGGAGGCGGAUGAGCGGGUGGAAGCCGAUGAUUCGAUUCUCUCCAUGCCGUUGCCUAUGAGUGGCGCGCAGGCGAUCAAUGACACCAAGGGAUCCGGGCUGGGAAGGACGAUGGGACGGUAUAUCGAUGCCAGCUUUCAAUGGCAGGAUCUGGCGUGGUUGAGACAAGCCACGAAGUUGCCGAUUGUGUUGAAGGGGAUACAGACGCCGGAGGAUGCGCUCCUGGCGGUUGAGUAUGGGGUGGAUGGGAUUGUGGUUAGUAACCAUGGCGGACGGAGUUUGGAUACGUCGACGUCUUCGAUUGCGGUCUUGAUGGAGAUUCGCAAGUGUUGUCCGGAGGUCUUUGACAAGUUGGAGGUCUUUGUGGAUGGGGGCAUCCGGCGUGGGACGGACAUCGUCAAGGCGAUUUGUCUGGGAGCCAAGGCGGUUGGGAUGGGUCGGCACUUUUUGUAUAGUCUGUUGUAUGGGCAGGAGGGGGUGGAGAGGUUGAUUGAGAUCAUGAAGGAUGAGCUGGAGACUACGAUGCGGCUGCUGGGGAUUACGGACCUCUCUCAGGCGCAUCCGGGGUUGCUGAACACGUUGGAUGUGGAUCAUUCGAUUCCGAACAGACUGGGAGGGUCGUAUAGUGGGCCUGUCAUGAAGGCGAGAUUGUAA